AUGAUGUAUUCGAUACGCCUAAUGCCGCGCGUCGGUCAUUUAUUAACGGCGCACGGAGCUCUGUUGGCGCAUAGCGCGCGUGCCGUUCGGCUGCGCGGACAGCGCCGGCGACGGUGGACCACACGGGAACAAUGUGACCGGCUGGGGUCAAGCCUGUCGACGUAUCUAAGUCGUUCCGGAUCACAAUCUGCGGUCGUCUAUCGUCCCAAGCCCUGGCGUCUGUCAUACUUCCAAACAAACGUGAACGACAUAAUUUCUUCGAAUGUGAAAUAUCUCUUACUGGAUAUGAAAAAACACGGCGCCGCGAAGCUGGAAAACAAAGGAACGGGGGAAAAAAGGAACGGGUCGCACGGAACGACGGAUAAUCGUGUUAGCCGGCCGCAGGAGCGAAUAAAUGAUGCGAGCUGGCUGCACCGGCCAAUGGGAUUGCGCCGUUGUUUUUCUCCAAACGGUGCCACGGAGACAAACAGGGGAUGCAAAUUCGUGUUGACACCGCGAUCCAUCUUGUUCGGCUCCCCGGAGGCCGCGAUGGAGACG